AUGUCAAACGCGUCGUUGACCACAAUUGCCGCUACGACAAUACCUGAGCGAACAGGAACAGCAGGUGGCAUCACAUCGUUUGUCCCUCUCACAACGGUAUAUACAGCGAAUCCAAUCUGCGGCAAUGUCUUUGUGAAAUAUCCCACUCCCAACAAUCAUUUUGGUUUGAUGGGUUGGGACCCUUCAUAUGGCGAGAAGGUUGAUUCAUUCUAUGACUGCAACCCGUCCAUCGUAUCGCGAUGGUUCACACAGUCAACAAAUAGCGGAGGAAAAGCCGGCGAUUGUGCGAUGGCUGUCAGCUCAGGGCAGAUUCUCACCUACGCCUCCGCAACAGCAAGCUCCCACUACCACACUUUCACAACUACUAUGAUGUCUCAAUCGACUGUUGGUGCGAUUGCCAUCACAGGAUGGAAUGUCAACUACGUGCGGAAUGUGGCAUCUUCAACUUCUACUUCUACUUCAACCUCGGACAAUACUACGUCAGACGCCACGAGCGCGGGAAUAGUCGUUGGUGUUAUUGCUGGUGUAUCAUUGCUUGCAAUGGCGCUGUUCAUAUUUAUAAGGAGGCGAAGAAAACAAUAUAAAGAAACAACUCCUGAAGCCGACUCAAGUCAAGCUAUGCAGCCGGAGGAGCUACAUGGCCAGGAUCUCCCGCAUGAGAUGGAUCAGGCAAAUAUGGUGGCCGAGUUAUCUACCGAGCAUGAGACGCGGUACGAACUCGACGGUCAAGAAGACUCAGAAGAGAAGAAUAAAUAA